AUGAUGAAUAAAGAAAAAUGUGUAGACAUUUUAAAGGAGGAUAAACCAAGUACUCUAUAUGUUGAAGAAAAUAUUAUUAAAAACAACCAUGUCAUAUUAAAUAAAGAGAGGAAUAUGAUAAAAACUGUUGAUAAUAAUUUUGAGUAUAAGAAUGAGUGUUACCAGGGAAAUUAUAAAAAUGAUAGGAUAGAUAAAAGAAAUGUUUAUGAUAAAUAUAUUAUUAAUAAUAAUAAUAAUAAUAAUGAAGGUACAAAAAAGAACAGUUUGAGACGUGAUAGAUUUCAUAUUUAUGAUGAUAGAAUAAAAAACAUGGAUGGUAGAAAUGAAACUAUAAAAAUUAAAGGAGAAAAAAUAAUAAUUCCAUUACAUACAUUUGACGAAAAAGAAAAUAAUAAUAUGGAUCUAAAAAUUAGUAAUAACGAUAUUUAUAAUAAUAUGAACCCUUGUAAUGAUAAUAUAAAAAAUAAUAUCCUGGAAGUGAAUAUGGAAAAAGAAAAGAGAAAUGUUAUGAAUGAGAAAGGUAAUAAUUUUGUAAAGAAUAAAAUGGAAAUUCAUAAUAUAGAGGGGGGAAAUAACGAUGAUAUAAUAAGUCCUAAUAAUUAUAUAAAAUUAAAAAAUAUAAAUGAAAACGAUAACAUAAAUGAAAAUGAUAACAUAAAUGAAAACGAUAACAUAAAUAAUAAUGAUAACAUAAAUAAUAAUGAUAACAUAAACAAUAAUGAUAACAUAAACAAUAAUGAUAACAUAAAUAAUAAAAAAAAAAGUAGUAAGAGAACGGGCAUCCCUUUAAACGAAAGAAAAUAUUAUCGCAUCCUUGCUAAACAAAUGAAGAAGAUUCAAGGAUUAACAUUUGAUCAUAACCAAAUAAGAUGGAUAGCAUAUUGGAAAAAUGAAAACAAUAAACAAAUACAAAAACAUUUUCCUGUGUGCAAGUUUGGUUUUCAUGAAGCUAGACAGCUAGCUCUAGAAUUUCGAAAUUUAAAAAUUAAUGAAAAAAAUAAAAAUAGUAACCAAAAAAAUAAAAAUAUCAACAAUAAUAAUAAUAUGAACAAUAAUAAUAAUAUUAAUAAUAAUAAUAUGAACAAUAAUAAUAUGAACAAUAAUAAUGGUAAUUAUAUUAACAAAAAAGAUAAAAAUAAAAAAUAUGUUAUAAAUAUAAAGAAUCAAUAUAAUAACAAUGGAAAGCAAUACGUUAAUCAUUACCCUCAAAAUAUAAAUAUAAAUCAUAUGAACUUUAAUAUGAAUAAUCUAACUAUGGAUUAUACUCACAAUAAUAAUAAUAAUAAUAAUAUAUUUAAUGGACUACAUGAUAAUUCUUUAUCUCAAGUAAAGUUAUGUAACAACAUAGAAGAUAUAUACUAUAAUGAAGAAAAAUUACAAGAGCCAUCCAGAAUAAAUAUAUUUUCAAACAAUAUGGAAAAUAAAGAAAAUGAUAUAUAUAUAUAUGAACAUAAUAUUGGAAAACAUUUUGAUAAUAAUAAUGAUAAUAAUAGUAAUUAUGUUCAUUCGUACAGUUUACAUAACAAUUUAUAUAACCAUGUUGAAAAAAAAGAAAUAUUAAAUAAUAUGAUGUACAAUAUUGAAGGGGUUAAUAAUAACUAUAUAGGAUAUGAUGGACAGGAUAUGGAAAAUAAUUAUUUACAAAAUUAUGACUUUGGGAAAAUCGGUUUGAAUAAAUCAUUUGAUAAUAUAAAUUAUAUGUAUGAAAAAGGGGAAUAUAAUAGUACAUAUGUUCAAGAUAUUCAUAAUAAUAAUAAUAUUAUGGUUCAUAAUAUGUAUGCUAAUGAUGAUUUGGUGAAAGGGAACUAUGAUGGUAAUACAAUUUAUUAUAAUAUUCAUAAUGAUAAAAAAAUAACAAACGAACAUAGUACUGUUUAUAAUAAUAAUAAUAAUGAUUGUUCUUAUUAUUAUAAUUAUGUUCUUCCUUAUACUUUAAAUCUUGAUGAGAAAUAUAUAAAUAAUUAUAAUUUUCCUUACUCAUAUAAUACUAUGAAAAAUGAUCCCCUAAUCGAAAGUGUAGAUGAUGUAAGGACGUUUCCAUAUGUAUCAUCAUAUGAAAAAAGUAAAAUUCCAAUAUAUUAUGAAAUGAAUACAAAUAAUAAAAAUGAUGAUGAUAAUAAUAACAAAAAUGAUGAUGAUAAUAAUAACAAAAAUGAUGAUGAUUAUAAUAACAAAAAUGAUGAUGAUGAUUAUAAUAACAAAAAUGAUGAUGAUAAUAAUAAUAACAAAAGUGAUGAAAAUAAUAAUAUGUCAUGUAGAUAUGGGACGCAUCAAAUGUUGUUACAUAAUAAUAAUAUGGAUAAACCUAUAGAAGAAGAGAAUACAUAUUAUGAUAAAGAAUAUAAGAAUAAAACGGAAAAAACAAAUUUAUUAAAAAAUAUUAAAGUUCAUAAUAUAAUGAAUGUAAAUAAUAAUAAUAAUAAUAAUGAACAUAUAAAAAUUAAUUUAUAUAGUAAUAAGAAAAAGGAAAAGGACUUAUUAACUUAUACAUUAACAAGAACAUCCACUUCAUCCCUUUUAUCGGAAAAUUUAAACAUAUUUAUAAAAAAUAAUCAAAAUAUAUCUUUAGAAAAAGAUAAUACAAAAAGUAAUAUAUAUAUGAAGGAUGAAAACUUACUUUUAGUAACAAAGGAUAAUUCUCUUCUAUCAAAAAAAGUGUGUAUUCAUAAUGAUAAAAGCAAUAAAAAAAAAAAAUUGUGUUAUGAUGAAAUAAAGAAAAUAAAUAUAGAAAAUCAUGUAAAGUCAAAUGAUUCAAUUAUGAAAUGUGAAAAUACAGAAUAUCAUAAAAUAGAAAGUAAGAAUCUAACAAACAUAAAUCAUCAAAAAGAAGAUGAGAAGGGCAUGAUUAAAGUGGAUAGUAUAAAAAAUAUACAUUCCUAUGAAAAUUGUAAGCAAAAUAAGUUAUAUAAAUCAAAUUAUUAUAUAGAAAAUUUACAAUGUGAUAAAAAUGAUAUGCUUACAAAUUUGUUUAGUAAAACGUGGAUACAAUAUAAUGAUGAGGAACAUAAAAAUGAAACUGAUUUAAUGGAAAUAAAAAAAAAUAAAGAAGGUAUUUUAUAUAAUAAAAAUGGAUGUAAUAAUAAAAAUGUAUGUAAUAAUAAAAAUGUAUGUAAUAAUAAAAAUGUAUGUAAUAAUAAAAAUAUAUGUAACCAUAAAAAUAUAUGUAACCAUAAAAAUAUAUGUAACCAUAAAAAUAUUUAUAAUUACAAUAAUAAUGUUGGGAAGGAUGGACAUAUGAUCAAUAUGUCUAGCCAAAACAAUUUAUCAAACGAAAAUGCUCUAAAAACGUGUGACUUUACAUUAAUAAAUCAAGAUGACGAUACUCAUAAUAAUGAUAUUAACAAUAUUCAUAAGAAAUGUGAUAUGGAUCAUCUGUAUAAUCAUAUUAUUCCUUAUAAAAAUAUAAAGAGAACUGAAGAGUACAAAAGUUAUAAAAAAAAUUAUACAGAUAAUAACAAAUGUACAGAUAAUAACAAAUAUACAUAUAAUAACAAAUGUACAAAUAAAAAAACCAUAAGUAAAGAGAAAAAAACCAACAAUGUUUCUUAUAAGCUUAAUGAUGUAAAAGAAAAAGAUAAAGAUCAAGGAGAUAUAACAAAUUUGUACAGUGAGAUGAUGAGGAUACCAAAAAUGAAAGGUGUUCAUUUUGAUGCAAGACAAAAAAGAUGGUGUGCUUAUGGAUAUAAAAAAAAAGAAUGUUUUUCUGUUUAUCGUUAUGGUUUUUUAAUAGCACGUGAACUAGCUAUAAGAAGUAGAUUAAAAGUACAAAAGAGAAAAAAUAAUUUAAGAAUAAGAAAAAUGAAUACUCCAGAAAAUGAGAAAAAAAAAGAAAAGCAAAACAAUUUAGCUUUUAACAAUAUAUCACAAAGAAAAAAUAAUUAUUGCAAUAAAAUAUCUGAUGAAAAUCAUAAAAAAAAAAAAACAAAUCACAUAAUAAAUGAUAAUCUUAUAUAUAAUAAACAUGAUAAUAAAACUGAAGAAGAAAUAAAUAAUAAGAAGUACUAUAAUAAUAUGUAUGAGGAAGAUAAUAAGAUAAAUAUUUAUUAUAAUGAAAAUAAUAUAAAUGAAAAUUUUAAUUACAUAACGAAUAAUUAUAAAGAUAUUUACAACAACAAUAAUAAUAAUAACAAAAAUAAUAAUUAUUAUUAUUAUUGUAAUAUUUAUGAAGAUAGUUAUAAUAAGUAUAAUAAUAUGAUGAUCAUUCAAAAUAUAAAAGAUAAAAAUAAUACCAAUAAUACAAGUUGGAAUAUCCCAAGGAAUAUAGAACAACAUCUUCAUUAUAAUGAUGAUCAAAAUAUAAAUGCUUACAAAUGGAACAAUGAUAUGAAUAAUAUGAAUAAUAUGAAUAAUGUGAAUAAUGUGAAUAAUGUGAAUAAUAUAAUUAAUAACCAUGAACUAUGUUGUAAUAACGAUCAAUAUUAUAAAAACAAUAAUAUUCAACAAAGUAAUCAUUCAUAUAAUAUAAAUUUAAGGCAAGAACAAAACAAACAAAAUAUAUCUAGACAUGAUAUACAUGAUAUACAUGAUGUACAUGAUGUACAUAAUAUACAUGAUAAUAUAAAUAAUGAUAAUAUAAAUAAUGAUAAUAUAAAUAAUGAUAAUAUAAAUAAUAAUACAAUAAACUGUAAAACAAAUACAGAAGAAGGAAAUGUGCUGGUAAAUGUAAAUAACGAAUUUAAUAAUAUGUUACCAAACUUUUAUACUUAUACUAAUGUGUUUAAUAUUAAGGAAACUAAUAAAAACCUUCAUGGAAUAAACGAUUUAAAUUAUCAAAAUAAAAAUGUUUUUUUUUUAAAUAACAUAAAUAAUUAUCAUAGUAAGGAUAUUAUGGAUAAUUAUAAACAAACAAAUCAUAUAAAUGAAGAAGAGAUAAAAAAUAUAACUCCUGUAAAUAAAAAUAAUAUAGAUAAUAUUAUAUAUAUGACUAAUGAAAAAGAUAAUACGUCAAAUAAUACAAAAGAAUAUAAAAUAAAAAAUAUUGAUUAUAAUGAUAACAUAUAUGUAUCCGAUUGUUUAAAUGGAUAUUUUAAGAAUAAUAAGAAUAUCGAUGAAAUAAAUAAUAAACAGAAUAAUCAUAUUUCUACUAGUAGUAAUCAGAUUUAUAAUUGUAUAUAUAAUAUAAAUAAAGAAGAAUAUAAUAAUCAAAAUGUUAUAUCUGUAUGUAAUAAUUUUUAUAAUAUACAGGAAAAUAUAAAUGAGCAUCAUUCCAAAAGAAAAAAAAAAAAGAUUAGUGUUAAUAAUGUUAAUAUAAAUUAUAUAAAUGAUCAAAAUUAUGGAAACUUGUAUUAUAAUGAAUUCAAUAGUUCUAUAUUAUUUUCUACACCUCCUGAUGAUAUGUAUGUAGCUAGACAAAAUGUGGAUACAGAAAAAAAAAAAAAAAACGAAUUUUAUAUAAUACCUCCAAAGAUUAAUCAUAAUGAAGCGAAUACAUUUAAUGGAAACAUGAUAUGUGUUAAUGAAUAUAAUAAUGAUAAUAAUAAUAAUAAUAAUAAUAAUAAUAAUAAUAAUAUUUAUGUUUAUAAUAAUAAUAAUAAUAAUAUUUAUGUUUAUAAUAAUAAUAAUAAUAUUCAUGUUCAUAAUAAUAAUAAUAUUCAUAAUAAUAAUAAUAAUAUUCAUGUUCAUAAUAAUUGUGAUAAUGAUAAUGUUAUGGAAAAGAUAUCUAAUAUACAAUAUGAUAAUACAUAUAAAUUAAAUGAAGCAAUAAAAAAAGAUGAAAAAAAAAUAUAUUUAUAUUUAUCAAAUCAUCCAUAUGAUAAUUUAAAAAACGAUAAUGAUAUUAAUGAACAAAACUGUUUGGAUAAUACAAAUAAUCAAACUGAUGAUAAUUUUUAUAAUGUAUAUUUAUGGAAUGAAUUAAAAAAAAAAGAUGAACAUUUUCAAGAUAAUUUAACAAAUGAAAAUUUAAAGGAUGAAUUGUUUUUUUUUAAAAAUAAAAAUUACUCUGUAGAAAAAAAAUAUAGAGAAGAUAUGAUUAAUAAUAAAGAAAAACAAGAAACUCAUUUCACCUCAAAUAAUUAUAACACAAAAAAUAAAGAUAAUCAUUUUAUAAAUAAUUCAUAUAAAAAUACAAAGGAUCGUAUUCAUUUAUAUAAUUUAAACCAAGUGAAAAAGGAAAAGUUAUAUACAAUUCAUGAUACUAAAAAUUUAGUACUAAGAAAAAUAAAUAUAUUAAAAGAAUUUGAUCAUAAAUUCUUAUCUCCUGGAAUGGGAAAUAUAAAUAUACAUGAUGAGGACAUAAAAAAGAAUAAACACUACAACUUUGUGUAUGAAGAAAUUAUUCAUAAAUAUUGCUUGAGUAUUUUUAAAAAAAUUAACAUUAGUACAUUUUUUAAGGAUAAUGAGAAACGUAUUUUUCUUAUGCAAAAUUAUUGGGAAUAUAGUAUAUUAACACUACACGAUUUCAACGUAAAUAUGGUACAUGACAUGCCAACAUGUUUGAACCUUAGAAAAAUAAUUUAUAAAUAUUUAAUUUUAGAACUAUUUACAAAUGCUCACAGUUGUGAUUUUCUUACAUGCAUUGAAAAGGGGACAACUCUUUUGAUUUCUCAUAUAAACGAAGAUAUGGAAAAAGAAAUAUUCCAAAAAAAAUCAACAAAAUAUUUAAAUUUAAUGAAAAAGGUACAGAUAUAUCAUAUAAAUAUGAUUGAUAAUAUAUAUGAUUUAAAAUCUAUACAAUUAUAUACAAACAUUCUUAUAACUUGUUUGGUACAAAAUACAACAUCAAGCAACUUAUCAUUUAAAGACCAACAAAUGUUAUUAAGAUCUCUACUCUUUUUUUAUUUUAAAAAAAAUUUUAUAUGA